AUGGCGUUGGAUGCGCAAUCCUCCUGCGAUCGCAAGCGGGUCAAGGUUUAUGAACUGCGUGAUAAUGACUGGUUCGAUCGGGGAACGGGCUUUUGCACCGGUCAGAGCCACGACGAUGACUACCGUAUCUUUGUCGAAUCCGAAGAUGAACCCGAUCGCGUCCUCUUGGAGACGAAAAUCUUCAAGGAUGAUGGCUAUCAAAAACAACAAGAGACCCUCAUCGUGUGGACGGAAACCAAUGGGACGGAUAUGGCUUUGAGCUUCCAGGAAGCCGAGGGCUGUUCGGUGAUCUGGAACUUCGUCAAUGCGGCGCAACAGCAUCUGCACAACAUAGCCGCCGCAGAUGAUGCCUUGUCCGACGAUCUCGAAUUCCAGCCCAUCACCUUACCCGCCCCCGAGCUGGGGAACCUUCCGGAGAUCGACCAUAUGAUGCGAGCCGCCAGUAUCACCCAGGCCGGUCGCGACGCCCUGUCCAAAUUCGUCAUCCGGGACGAGUACAUCCCCAAGCUCUUACCCCUCGUCACCAUGGCCGAGGACCUCGAGAGUCUUCCGGACCUGCAUCGCUUGUGCAACAUAAUGAAGUCGAUCAUUCUCCUGAACGAUAACACCAUCAUUGAGAUGGUCGUCACCGAUCCGAUCAUCCUGGGGGUAGUGGGAGCAUUAGAAUAUGACCCCGAAUGCCCCACCCACAAAGCCAACCAUCGGCAAUACCUCGCGGACCAGUCGCGCUUCAAAGAGGUCGUCCCGAUCAAAGAUCCCCUCAUCCGCCGGAAAAUCCGCUAUACGUGGCGCCUGCAGUAUCUGAAGGAUGUGGUCCUGGCACGCAUACUGGACGACCCGACCUUCUCCGUUCUCAACUCCCUCAUCUUCUUCAACCAGGUCGAGAUCGUCAAUCAUAUCCAGUCGAACGGCCAGUUUUUGAGAGAACUGUUCUCCGUCUUCGGCCCCCGCGCCCCCGAUGCAAAACGCAAGGAGGAUGCCGUGCAGUUCCUCCACCAGUGUGCCGGUAUCGCGAAGAACCUGCAGGCCCCCGCGCGGGCCAACCUGUUCGCCAACUUCAUCACCAACGGCCUCUUCGCGGUCAUCGCCUUCGCCAUCAAGCACCCAAACCCGUCGCUGCGGACGACCGGUAUCGACAUCCUCGUGGCGCUCCUCGACCACGACCCGAUCAUGAUGCGCGGCUAUAUGCUGCGGGCCGCCAGCGAGAAGAGGACCCCCCUGACCGACACGCUCAUCGAUCUGCUCCAUGUCGAGUCGGACUUGGGGGUGAAGAACCAACUGGCGGAUGCCGUCAAGGUCCUGCUGGACCCCCAGAUCCCCAUGCAGGAUCCGAUGGGUCGCAUGGGACCGGACCAGUAUGCCAAACGGCCCGGCAUCCUCCCGGAGGCGGCGGUUCAGGCCCAUUUCGAGGAAUCCGCCAAGCGGCUCUUCAUGCCACUGAAGCGCCUCGAAAACCGUGCCACCCUGAACGAUUUGACCUUCCAAGAAGUCGCCUUGCAUUCGCACCUUGUUGACAUCCUCACCUUCUUCGUCCGUCAACACCUCUACCGUAGCCGUAGUGUCAUCCAUAACGAAGCGCUGGCUCCUCGUGUGGCCAGGCUCCUCACCGUCCCCCAGAAACAUUUGAAACUGACCGCCUUGAAAUUCUUCCGCUGCCUGAUCAGCCUCCAGGACACAUUCUACCAGGCGCUGAUGACGCACAACAACACGUUUGGACUGAUCCUGGACAUCGUCUACGAAACGAUGCCCCGCGACAAUCUCCUCAACUCGGCUUGCCUGGAGCUGUUCGAAUGUAUCAAGCGGGAAAACAUCAAACCGUUUGUCCUGCACGUGGUGGAGAAAUACGGCGAGAAGCUGAAGAACAUCACCUACGUGGAUACUUUCCAGAGCUUGAUCCUCCGCUACGAGCAGAUGCAGGGCUACGGGGCCGAGGGAGACUCCGCCAUCCUGUCGUCGCAGGAGGACAUGACGCCGACCCGUGGGAUACCGGCCAACGGGCAACGCUGGCAGGGGGUCCGGGAGAUGGAUUCCGCGGAGGAAGAGUACUUUAACACAUCUGAUGACGAGGACGAGUGGCCACAGGGCCAAGGGCCUAAUGCAACAACGGGCGCCCAGACAUCCAACGGCGUGGUCUCACCGGUGGUCAAGCCGCUGGUGGAUUACCCCGAUGAUGACGAUGACGACGCGAUGGACACGAACCCGGAAGCCGAGGCGGAGCAAAAGUCAGCAUCCCGAGACACCGACCUGCCAUCCCACGAUCCGGCCACCGACUCCCCCGAGUCACCCUCGACACCGGUAUCCCAAGUGGUGCAGACCCCGCCGGAACGACUGUCGGAGAAGCGACGACGAGAAGAAGAGGACGACGACGAACUCGUCAAGUUGACGUCGGGCCCCAAACGCAGAAGCUCGACGAACGCUGGACCUGGGAGUGCGGGACUUCUCCGGAGACAGCGGACGAUCUCGUUUGGGUCUGCGUCUGGUGGCAGCGACAAGGCGGCGGCCGCGCAGGGCACAUCGGGCGGUGGUGGAGGUGUCAGCGCAGCACCCAAGCGGAUCGCGAUCAACCUGGGCUCCGCCAACAAACCUUCGCCAUCAGACACGAGCCCUACGACCCAAACAUCUAGCGAGAAGGAGAACCAGGGCCAGGAAGCCAACCGCGAACGUGAAUGA